CUUGUGUCAAAAUGCCCACCCAGAACUAUUCGAGGUUUAUCUUGGUCCUGGACCCCACAGGGCACAAUGGCCCAACAGUCCUGCCCCCCAGGGACCACAGGAUUGGCUCGCUGGGAGUGUCGGUCCACUAGCAGUGGAGAAAGUACCUGGUCCACGUUCUUUCCGGACCUCAGCGAAUGUGAGUCCUUCUGGACCAAGAAGAUUAUCAGUGAGCUACGUAGAUCUGAUUCUAUUGUAACCAUCUCCACUGACCUGGUUCAGUAUGUCUCUGCGAACCAUCUCUACGGUGGAGACAUCAUGUCCAUCAUCUCCGCUCUCACCAUCAUCACGGAGAAGAUGGAGUUCCAGAUGAACACAAUCCCAACCCCGGAGCAGAGGGAGGCCAUGGUCGUAGAGGUUGCCCAGAGUUUGCUCAAGGUUGGGUCCGUUCUCCUGGAGGUUGAGAACCUGGAGGCCUGGCAGGACCUGCCAGAUCUACUCCGGAGUAAGUUUGUCUCCGGGUUCAUGAAUACACUGGACAGGUUUACUGUGCUCCUCCACACUGCUCUGAUCAAGGACCAGGAGCUGUCUAUCAGCAGUCCAAACCUUUUGUUGGUUCUCAAGAAAAUGAGUUUCCGAAACAUCCGUGGAUCAAAGUUCCCUUCCCUAGCAGCUCGUGGGUCCAGGGACUGGUCCAGGUAUAUGGACCAUGCGGACAUUCCGGCCCUCGUCCUAAUGGAGAACAUGGACGCGGACGGGGCCCACGUUGCAUUCCUAGCAUCCAAUAACCUGGACGUCCUUCUUUCACCAGGACGCGGCCCAACGCGAACCGAAGUGAUAAACAGCCAAGUGAUGCGUGUCUCUAUGGGCGAACCUCACCUAACCGUACGCGAGCCGGUCAUCCUGGUUUUGCGUCAUCUGAGCGUUAGUAAUGUGACUCAACCUCGCUGCGUUCACUGGAGUGAGGAUGGUUGGUCAGAUGAUAAAUGUCUUGUCUCCUGGAGUAAUGUGACUCAUACAGCUUGUGAGUGCAGUACUAUGGGAACAUUUGCAAUCCUUGAAACCAUAGAGGAAGAGGAGAAGUUGGACAAUGUGACCUUUAUGCUGACUCUGGUCGUAUCUGUGACCGUGACUAUUAUCACGGCUGUUUCUCUCGCGCUUCUGGUCUUCUACUGUAAGAAAGUUAAGGUUCGCGAUGAAUGGAAAUACCGGUUAUCUGUGUCCGGUCUACCUUGCUUCCAGCAGAAGAGGCGAGAGUUGACCGGAAACCUGUAUUCGACCUCACCAACCUUCAUCCAUCAGAAUAUGUUCACCAGCUCAGAUUUCAUGGUUCUAUCUCAGUCUUCUCUUGAUGUUCAGCACCUUGACGCUUCCCACUUACAGGGGUACAUAGAACAUGUACAUCAACAUCAACUACAGCAACAGCAACAUCAACAUCAACAAUGUCAUGUACAGCCACAAUUAACUCAUUUGCAGCACUAUACUCAGCAGUCGGUACAUAAUGCUAGUGUACACAACGGUUUACAGGCUGACGUACAAGGUGGAUAUCAUUACACAGUAGGACGGAGUAUACCUGGACCUCAGGUCGAGACGAAACCUCGCUCCGGAUCCAAACCUCAAUCAUUUAUCCAACCUGGAACACAGUACGGAUACGAGGAUGCCGGGCAUAUUUACAUGGAGGUGGAUCCAUUCUACUCCGCCCACCUAGCCGGGCCUAAUCCUGCCUAUCUUUCCCAAACCAACCUUCUCCCAACUCAAGCUCAUACUGUUCAUCUUUCCCAUCCUCUCCGUCCCUCCAACCCCUCCUCCAAUCUUCCUCAUUCCUCGACCCAGGAGGAGUUUAUCUCCUCUCCUGAUGAAGAGGUUUGCUGCUCCACUCCUGGUUUAGUCAGCAGCAAUAGUAGUCAGAGCAGCUCAGGGUACUCAACUGCUCCUAGUGAGCAGUACUACACUCACGGGGGGCAUUUUAGACCCGGAGUAUUGCGAGCUGAUACUCUGAGAUGCUCUGAACCCUCUUCUAGUCCGUAUCCGAACCUACAGCUCACCAAAGAUCAAAUAUUCGCCAUCAGUCAAUCAUUUGAGUCACAGUCACAAAUCCCCCAGGAGAAUUUUUGCGGAUUAACCCGGGGCCCUGGAGGGAGUUCCAGGAAAAAAACGCGGGAACAUGCAACCGGUUCCAGGGCCCAGGAACGAGGAACGGGGCUCCGGGCCCAAGAACUCCCACUUCUCUCCCUCCAGGAUACUCAUCUUAUAUAAUCCCGUGGAGAAAUGUGCGAGCAGGAGAUAUGUCAAGAUAUUAUAUUUUGCCAAAUAUGAGAAAAUAUGUAAUCCACAAAAUUGUCUCUCCUCUGCCUUGGGAAAGCCAAGUUGCUUAUUAAACCAGAAAAUAGAAAUUGCUGUUAACACCUCAGCAAAAAUUCUGAGACUCAAUAAAUUUUAAAGUGUUGUCAGACGGUAGUAAAUAUUGUUUUUACAAAAACUGAUUCAGUAAGCAUUUUAGAAGGAAAAA